AUGUCUCGAAGAGCGCAUUCGCCAUCCCCACCGUCGUCUCCUCGUCUCUCCAAGCGUCCAAGGCUCGAAAUUGAGCCGCUAACUCCUGAAGAUUACAAGAACGGAGUCGUCCUCGCUCCCAUGGUCCGAUCAGGCGCCUUACCGACUCGACUUUACUCUCUGAAGCACGGGGCAUCUCUUGUAUGGGGGCCAGAGACCGUUGACAAGGCCAUCCUGCACACACAGCGAGUCGUAGACCCCGUGACCGGCGUCGUCUCUUAUGUCGGAAAAAGCAAGGCGAUUUUCACCACACACCCUAUCGAGAAACCAUAUCUCAUCUACCAGAUCGGCUCUGCAGACCCGGAGCUGGCUGUCCAGGCAGCCAAGGCCGUCGUCCAGGAUGUCGCGGGUUUCGACCUCAACUGCGGCUGUCCAAAGCCAUUUUCGACACACUCCGGGAUGGGGGCAGCGCUUCUCACUAAUCCAGAUCUCCUCUGCUCCAUCCUGACCGCGCUGCGAGAGGCCAUGCCACCGGAGAUUUCGAUAUCCGCGAAGAUCAGGCUGCUGCCGUCCCAGGAGGAGACUCUGAAGCUGGUCGAGCGCAUCGUCAACACGGGCGUGAACGCACUCACCGUACACUGUCGCACGCGGAACAUGCGCAAGCGCGAGCCGGCCCUCAUCGGGCGACUGCGUGAGAUAGUGGACUUUGUCGAGGGGAUGGGCAGGGGCAUAGCUGUCCUCGAGAACGGAGACUGCGAGGGAUAUCACGAUGCACUGCGGAUACGGAAAACUACUGGUGCACACUCGGUUAUGAUCGCAACGGCUGCAGAGUCCAACCCGACCUGCUUCUCGCCGACGCCAUUGACCGACCUUGAGACAACGUUCAUCCCAAAUUAUAUCCGCCUGUGCAAAUAUCUCAAUAACCACUGGUCUUCCACUAAAUUCUGUACCUCGCAAUUCAAAGGCGCGCACGUCAACGCAUCAAGAGCGGACCUGAAGGGAAUGCGCGACGCGAUCAUGCAUGCAAAGAGCUACGACGACAUGGAGCCGCGUGUCGCGCCCUGGACCGGCGAGGAGGAGUUCAAGAAGAUCGUGGAGGCCAUAGAGGCGCGAGACGGCCGGCGGGGCCGCGUCCAAGUACUCACAUUAACCGACGCUGCCGAGUCUGCUCAACUCUCGGCGUCGGAAACACAGUCCGACGCAUCCCAGACGUCGACUCAAAGCUCUACGGGAGACGCAGCAGGUCUUGUGACGCCACCUAUAGGAAAGCCUGACCCUUCUGUGAUGAAUGCCCCGCUUGCCCCGGCGAAUGAAGCUCGAAUGCCACUCCCGGCGAUGCUGACGGGCGACCUUUCUACGCCGACGCCUACUCCAACUCGUGCGGUAGUUGGUGCGGCUUCGUUGGCGUAG